AAAAACUGGCUUUAUCAGACUCUCAGAAUCUAUUUAUAAAUACUGGCUUCAUAUGUAAAAAUGCUGGUAUUAGAGAGCAUUAAGCUGUUGUUGCACAACUGCUUUGCAAGCCUGACUUUGACCAUUACAACCAUAUGAAGCUUUAUUGUAAGGACUAUUAUGUCUCCUGCAUAAGUCAUAUGGUGUGUGGAGUUGGAUGGAAAUUGAAUAGAGAGUCAUUUUUGCACUCUUUGUUAACCACAGAUGAGAAUGUCAGGCAGUGAACUAAUCAAGCAUUCACACAGGGCCACACAUGAACAUAAGAUAGGUGAGGAUUCCAUAAAGAAGGAGUCAAAAAAGCAGGAGAGCUUGCCUAAUAACUUUCAUAUUGAAAAGGAAAGAGGCUGUGGUGAGCCACUGGAUACUUAUACCAAUGACUCUUUGGAUUAUCCUCAAUUUCAGCGUCCAACCCCAAUAAAAUCUGUAUUUGUCAAGAAGAAAAAGCAAGGAACUAACAGCAAGGCAUUACAUGGUAAAGCCUGUGAUGACCGUGCAAACACAAACAAUUCUGAGGAAGGAAGGUAUGAUGGUGGUAACGUACUUAACACCAGUAACGUACUUGACAGUACAGAAAUUGAUGCUUGCAGGUCUUCUUUAAUUGUUGAUCAGUCUGAACCAGCAAGUGAGAGAGUCGUAUCUUCAAAUGAUGACUUCAACAAGACCCCAGAGAGACCUCACGAGCUGCUCACAGAGGACAAGCAGGAGAAUGCACAGAGUGCUGGACACGAUGCUAAAGCAGGAAAUGCAAAGAUGGUUGUUGACAUCCUGCAAGAAAAGGAGAGUUCCUCUUCUCGCGGGCGCCCGCGCAAAGAGAAGCAAAUUAUAAAAUGUGAGUACUGUGGGCGGCCGUUCAAUCAUGCGUCCGCAUACGUCAUCCACAGGCGUGUGCACACAGGUGAGAAGCCUUUCAGCUGCCAGGACUGUGGAAAAGCCUUUGCUCAGCUCUCCAACCUCAGAUCACACAGUAAGAUUCAUAAUGCCCCUAAAACUUUGAGCAUGCAACUUUCCAGCAGAAGUCGAAGCAGAGCUACUGCUACCAGGCGGAUGACGGGAAACCAGUUGAACUUGACUCCAGAUUUAAGAAAUGAGUGCCACGAUAAGAGCAUUAUCCCUCUCAGCAGAAGCAGAACACCUGUAGCUUGUCCUAUCUGUGGUAAGGUCUUUCCCUACAGAUCUGUGCUUAAAAUACAUCUGCGGAUUCACAGCGGGGAGAAACCAUACGCUUGCAAGGUGUGUGGUAAAGCAUUCACUCAAGCAUGUACAGUGCGUGUCCAUGAAAGAGUUCACUGGUCUGUCAAACCUUUUCUGUGUUCCAAAUGUGGAAAGGGAUUUUCUCAGAUCGGGACCCUGAAGGCACAUACCUGCCAAGGGAAAAAGCAUACUCACUCAACUUUGAAAGAAAUGGAAUUGACUGGUGUGGUAAUCUUCAGGUGUCACCUUUGCAAGAAGUGCUUUAAUACCAGGGAGGACUAUGAUCUUCACUUGCAAACACACACUGACAGCCACCGCUAUAUCUGUGAUAGUUGCGGUCAAACGUAUAGCCUUCGCUCUGAGCUUGACACUCACAGAAAAUACUGCUUCUCAAUGUGGCUUUCAAAAACAAAGUCAUACAACCGUCAGCCUUCAGUCAAGUUGCAAAACAAAAAUGUUGAGUCUAGUGAAACAGUUCAAGACACUCAGACUGCAAAUAUAGCCCAAUUAAUGCCCAUAAAAUCGCCCAGUCCCAGCCCAUCCAAACCAUCUCAGCAGGAACAUCAAACUAAGCCAAAUAAAACACUACAAUCUGGGGUUUCCCAGUCACGGAAAUGUAAAAAAUACCUUUCUUUACUAACUUGCCCUCCAAAGGUAAUGGCCAGCUCCAUGUAUGAUUCUCAAAACAGCCACGAUCAUUGUCAGCCCUUCAGAACAAGUUACUUUGUAUCUCAGCUGAACAGUUUAGACCAGAAAUCUGACCCAAGGAAAUACGUGUGUCCACGGUGUGGACGGUUCUUCAGACACGUAGGUAGGCUGAGAGCCCACAUGCUUACUCAUGCCCAGGGCAAGAGCUUCACCUGUGGGCACUGUGGGAAGAUCCUGGAAAACUGGAGCAAGUUCUGGCGUCACCAGCGCUUGCAUAAACAGAGACAAGGUCGCUUCUUCUGUCCAAAAUGCGGGCGGGGUUUCCGUUUUGUCAGUAUUUACAUGCAGCACCUGCAGCAGCAUCCAGAGCUUAAUGCGUAUUUUUGCCCCCUUUGUCCACAUACGUUUUCAAAUGCUGUAAAUCUGAAGAACCACCUGCAGGAAUGGCAUCAGUCCAGCAUGCCCCAUAUAUGUGACAUCUGCGGCAAAGGUUUUGCAAAUCCCAUAAUCCUGAAGCGGCACAGAGUCACACACUGUUUUAAGAGCACGCAGGUGGACACGCCCUUUGUCACUGAUGUGCAGUCCGUCAUGAAGCCUUAUGAAUGUGGCAAGUGUGAUGCCAGCUUCAAAUCCUUGGAUUUGCUUUUUAACCAUCAGUUCAGCCAUUCACCUAAAGGAGAUUUAAGCUUAAAUUUGAGCAAUGGCAACUAUGAACAACUGACCAACUUUGUCGGGAAGAACAGGCGACGUUCGCCACACCACAAAGAUGACCUCAACCUCAACAGUGAUUCUACCUCUAACCCAGAUACUUCAAGACCUAAUAAGUAUAUCAGGCACGGUAGUCCCUCCACAACUAUCCCUACAGAUAUGAUUCAAACACAGACACUGCAAGAAGUGCACAACAGCGUCCCACAGAGAUCCAUGCCAGUUCUUUCAACAGGUUCUGAAUCAGAAGAGAGAAAGAAGUCUGUGAAAUGUGGGAAAAUGAAUAAAGGGCUCAGUGACCCAACCACUGAGCCAGAACGGAGCAGAGGCCUUCUAGAAUGUGCAGAAUGUAGUGCUUGCUUUGCUCUUCUUCCAGCUUUGCAUGAACAUUACUUAGAACAUGCCAGGGGCAAGAUAUAAAUGACUUUAUAGCAUAUAAUGCUAAAAAAACCUCAGUUCAUACUUUGUUCUUAGACACUUUAAAACACAACCACAGUGCACGUCUGUGUAUUACUAAUUUUGUACUGUAAGGGGAACUGAACUAUUUAUCAUGUAAAAAUGACUACGAUGCUUCUAUAGGAAAAAGAUAAGUUAGCAAUUUUUAAAAAUUUGGAUAAAGAAUUGCUUGAAGUUUUGAUUUAUUUUUUAUUAUUAUUAUUUUUUUUUUACCUAUUGAUGUUUCCGAUAAACCACUGGUGUGAGAUAUGUGUAGUUCUGAAAAAUGAUACUCAAAAUCAACUGAUUCAGGAAGUUCAAAAUUGGAAAGACUGUCCAAAUUCAUCUUAUAAUUAUAUUUGUGCUUAAGUUGUUUUGGAAAACCCAGCAGAGAACAUGACCUUUGACCUGGCAGUGUAAAAGGUGCGCUGUACACAGAAUCGUUUGUGAAGUGUAUUUUUGACUUUGUAUAAUCAGGUUUUGUAAGUUUUUAUUUAAGCAUUGUAUCUAUAUGUUUUAUACACAUGAGAUGUCUCUCUGUAGUGAAUGUUAUGAAAAGUGAACCCUAAUAAAGCUUUAUAAAAUGUA